CACAGAUCUGUUUGAGAUGAUUGAAAAGAUGCAGGGAAGCAGGAUGGAUGAACAACGAUGCUCCUUCCCACCACCCCUCAAAACGGAGGAGGACUACAUUCCCUACCCAAGUGUCCACGAGGUCCUGGGGCGAGAAGGGCCUUUCCCCCUCAUCCUGCUGCCCCAGUUUGGGGGCUACUGGAUUGAAGGCACCAACCACGAAAUCACCAGCAUCCCGGAGGCAGAGCCGCUGCAGUCACCCACGACCAAGGUGAAGCUGGAGUGCAACCCCACAGCCCGCAUCUACCGGAAGCACUUUCUCGGCAAGGAGCAUUUCAAUUACUACUCCCUGGACACUGCCCUGGGCCACCUUGUCUUCUCACUCAAAUAUGAUGUCAUCGGGGACCAGGAGCACCUGCGGCUGCUGCUCAGGACCAAGUGUCGGACAUACCACGAUGUCAUCCCCAUCUCCUGCCUCACCGAGUUCCCCAACGUGGUCCAGAUGGCAAAGCUGGUGUGCGAAGAUGUGAAUGUGGAUCGAUUCUAUCCUGUGCUCUACCCCAAGGCUUCCCGGCUCAUCGUCACCUUUGAUGAACACGUCAUCAGCAACAACUUCAAGUUUGGAGUCAUUUAUCAGAAGCUUGGGCAGACCUCCGAGGAGGAGCUCUUCAGUACCAACGAGGAAAGCCCUGCCUUCGUGGAGUUCCUCGAAUUUCUUGGCCAGAAGGUCAAACUGCAGGACUUUAAGGGGUUCCGCGGCGGCCUGGACGUGACGCACGGGCAGACGGGGACCGAGUCUGUGUACUGCAACUUCCGCAACAAGGAGAUCAUGUUUCACGUGUCCACCAAGCUGCCCUACACGGAAGGGGACGCCCAGCAGUUGCAGCGAAAGCGGCACAUCGGGAAUGACAUCGUCGCUGUGGUCUUCCAGGAUGAGAACACGCCCUUUGUGCCCGACAUGAUUGCGUCCAAUUUCCUGCACGCCUAUGUGGUGGUGCAGGCCGAGGGCGGGGGCCCCGAUGGCCCCCUCUAUAAGGUCUCGGUCACGGCCAGAGAUGACGUGCCGUUCUUCGGGCCCCCGCUCCCGGACCCUGCUGUGUUCAGGAAGGGGCCCGAGUUCCAGGAAUUUUUGCUGACAAAACUGAUCAAUGCGGAAUAUGCCUGCUACAAGGCAGAGAAGUUUGCCAAACUGGAGGAGCGGACGCGCGCGGCCCUCCUGGAGACGCUCUACGAGGAGCUGCACGUGCACAGCCAGUCCAUGAUGGGCCUGGGCGGCGACGACGACAAGCUGGAGAACGGCGGCGGGGGCGGCGGCUUCUUCGAGUCUUUCAAGCGGGUCAUCCGGAGCCGCAGCCAGUCCAUGGAUGCCAUGGGACUAAGCAACAAGAAGCCCAACACCGUGUCCACCAGCCACAGCGGGAGCUUUGCACCCAACAACCCUGACCUGGCCAAGGCCGCUGGAAUAUCAUUGCUUAUUCCUGGGAAAAGUGCGAGUAGAUUCGGACGCCGGGGCAGUGCCAUAGGCAUAGGAACCGUGGAAGAGGUUGUCGCCCGUGGGGCCAGCGGCUCUGGAGGCUGCCUGCACGCGCUGCUCUCUGCUCGCUCUCAGGACGAAGGCCAUAUUGGGGAUGUUGCCCCCUUCCUGGGACAGGUGCAAGGGCAUGCAGGUCGGAGUGCUUGCAGCUCUGAUGGCGCCCAGCACCUGCUUUGGGGCCUGUCCCUGAUUGUCCCUGGGAAGAGCCCCACGAGGAAGAAGUCAGGUCCGUUUGGCUCACGCCGCAGCAGCGCCAUCGGCAUCGAGAACAUACAGGAGGUGCAGGAGAAAAGGGAGAGCCCCCCGGCUGGCCAGAAGACCCCAGACAGCGGGCACGUCUCACAGGAGCCUAAGUCAGAGAACUCCUCCACUCAGAGCUCCCCAGAGAUGCCAACCACCAAGAACAGAGCGGAGACAGCAGCCCAGAGAGCAGAAGUGCUGAAGGACUUCUCCCGCUCCUCGUCCAGUGCCAGCAGCUUCGCCAGCGUCGUGGAGGAGACGGAGGGCGUGGACGGGGACGACACAGGCCUGGAGAGCAUCUCGUCCUCGGGGACUCCGCACAAGCGGGACUCCUUCAUCUACAGCACGUGGCUGGAGGACAGCGUCAGCACCACGAGUGGGGGCAGCUCCCCAGGCCCCUCGCGGUCACCCCAUCCAGACGCCAAGUCGGGGGACCCUGCAUGUCCGGAGAUCAAGAUCCAGCUGGAAGCGGCUGAGCAGCACACAUCCCAGCUGGGCUGUUAGCCAGGCUCCCCUCGG